AAAUCGGCUACCAUCCGAUGCGACGUGACUUCUCAAAGGCGCGGUUUAAUUUUCCCCUCGUCUGGACCCGCGCUGUAACUCGCAGCCCAUUCGAACACCAGCCCUAUCAGUCUAUCGAUGUCUAGUCGAGUCUUAUCCGCGUUCAAAGAGAUGCGGACUCGUUGUUUGCCGCGCGGCACGAGCGGGUAGACGGCGGCCGCGGUCAAAAUGUUGUGUUUGGCCAAGAACUCUGAAAGCGCAAACGGAUCUGGGGUCAGUAACGGAAUGAUCGCCGUCGGGAGUGUGGUGCUCGGGAUUGUGUCAAUCGACGUGGAAAUGGGCGAGUCGAGGUGAGCGGGAAGGCCGACGAGCUUUGUGUCGAGAAGUUGUUCGGCGAGUCUGUCUCUGAGUGGGCUCUCCAACAUAUCCAAUGCGCUUUGGAUUGAAAUCGCGGCAGUGUAGCUGGGACCUGUGGUGAAGAACAACGCACGUCCAUAGUUGAAGAGAUAAUCUUUGAUCAAUGGGGUGGUGAGGAUGACCGCUGAUAGAAGACAAGAAUGUCAGAGCCUUCCCAAAGGUGUGCAGCCGGGCCAAGCACUUAUCUUCCAGACCGAACAUCGAGACAAUCCCUUUCCCAUGGGUACCGUAUAUUCCAGUAGCAUGUGCCUCGUCCACGACGAGAUGCGCGUUCUGCAGAGGAAAGUGCUCCUGCAGAUAAUCCGACAUCGAUCUGAGCGGCGCGAUCGAGCCAUCCAUGCUGUACACCGACUCGACAGCCAGAAAGAGACUCGUGGAACCUUUGUCCAGCCCAGGAUACUCCCGGCGUGCACGCUUCACCGCCAGCGCAAAGGCCGAGAGGCUGUUGUGCUCGAAGGGAAUCAGGUGGGCCUUCCCGGAGUGCAUCCCGUCGUAGAUCGAUGCGUGGAUGUAUUCGUCGUGGACAAUCACAUCCCCCCGCCUCGGGAUGUGUCGGAAAAACGCGAGGUUUGCGUCGAAGCCGGAGCUUGCCAGCAGCGCCGCGGGCGCAUUGAAGAACGUGGCCAUGCGUCUUUCGAGGGCCUGGUGAGUCGCUCCGUCCGAGAGGACCCGGGAGCCGCCCACGCCCAGGAUUCGCGGCGAGUCGUGAAGUCUUUGGAGAAAGAGUUCCCUGAGCUCAUCACAAAUGCCCAAGCAGAGAUAGUCGUUGGACGUGUACUGGAUGCUCUUUCUCGGAGAUUCCUCAUACGGAGUGGCUAGGGACAAGAAUAUGCCAUCCCGCUUGCGCUUAUCGAGGUCGGAGGUGAGCUGAGCAGCCAGAGAUGUCAUGCUGCUUCGUUUGCUCAACGUCGCAAGAGCAUCGCGCUAUAAGCAGGUUUGAAACCGCCGAUAGGUAGCAGUAAUUUUCCGUCCCGCGGCUCCGAAUCACUUAUCAUCAAGCUUUGUGAUGCCAAAUGAGAGCGCUCGUGGAAAGCGGCAUUUUCUAGCAGAUAUAGGAUGUGAAGGAACUUGCGUUUGCCACGUACACCGAGUUCGUCGCAAUGUGCGUCAAUGAAACUGCCAGACUAUUGGGCCCAUGAUACCUCUCGAUGUACAUGCUGCACAUGGGCGUCAAAGACGAUCGAUACGUUGCGUAGUCAAUGGUCAAGCUCUGGCGAAUGGAGGCCAGUUUCACGGCACGUUUGGCAAUGCCAUGGCUGUUCCAAGAUAGCGGAUAUUCUACAGAAGCAGACCCUCCACCAGGCAGGUGAGAUACUGUAGGCGCAAGGGUUUGAAGGUUACUCGAUGGAAAUGGCUGGCCGCAGAGAACGGAGGGGCUCCUGCAAGUAGUAGAGAGCGGUCCAACGCAUUUGACUGGCUUAGAUUUCGAACAAGAUACAUGCCCAAAGCAGGGAUACUCGAAAGGGCCGAUCCACUGCGAGAGAUUGACACGUCUGCUAAUGACAGUAUGAGAGGGAGGGUGGUUGAGAGGUGUUAUUCGACUCUGUCAAGAUGGACCUUUGGGCCUCACUCUCUCCUUCGACCUCGUCCAUUGGCCCAGCAAUCAACUGUGCGACCUGGGUGUAGUCCUUCCGCUGCCACUCGGGUGGUACAGCACAUGAUAUAGUAAAGCUUGGAUGCCUCUAACUUCCGAUAGCUGAUCAU